AUGGCGAAAACCCGCUUGGGUCUGAUACCGACAGUACCCUUUGACGACGUAAUUGAUGGAAAAGGUCAAGGCCUCAACAUCCUUCUGGAGUAUGUCGGCAAACUGUUUAUGUACUAUAUCGUGGCUUCCGUCCUAACCCGUGUUAGUGGCCCACCCGGCGUCGGAAAGACGUUCACGGUUGAAGGAACCUCAGAAUAUUUGAAGCGGCCUCUCUAUUCGAUGCGUAUGGCGCCGUUUACUUGA